GUAUAGAAAAGUUCGUUUUAACAAGUAAGACGAACACUCGAGAGUUGAGCAAGAAAAACGGCUGAGGAUUGAAAACACAGCAAAAGAGUUACAACACUUGCUCAGUGAGGGUUGGUUUUUUUUUGUUAUCCCGAAGUUUGAUUAGUUUGCAUAGCAUACAAAGUAAAACCACAGUGCCCUUAAGAUAUUGAACAGCUUUAUCAACAAACACUUUAAUAUCUUUGGAGCCCUAAUUGUUUGGGUCAUAAGCAACAUGACGAAGACAAUGGAUGAAAUGCACAUUAAAAACAUUUUGGAUGACAAAGAGGAAUCAUAUAUACAGAAGUUUUUUGAUGGAUCGAAUAUAUUAAUUACAGGAGGAACCGGAUUUUUGGGAAAGAUUUUAAUAAACAAGCUGCUUACGUCCUGCCCAGGCAUAAACAUAAUAUAUUUACUUGUGCGUAGUAAAAAAAACAAAAGUGUAGAUACCCGUGUGGAUGAAAUAUUUGAUGACCCGGUUUUUGAAAUACUCAAAAGAAACUCUACAAAAUAUAGUUUUCAUAUAAAAGGCAUUGCCGGCGACUGUCUGAAACCUGCCUUGGGAUUAAGCAUCUAUGAUCGGAAAAUGUUAGUAGAGAAUGUCAACAUUGUCUUUCACAUGGCUGCAACCGUGCGGUUUGAUGAAAAACUAAAAACAGCUAUUAAAAUAAAUGUUCAUGGGGCAUAUGAUAUAAUGAAGCUCUGCAAGGAGAUGAAAUCUCUUAAAAGUGUUGUUCAUGUAUCGACGGCUUAUACACACUGUCCUCGAAAAAUCAUUUUAGAGAAGUUAUACCCAACCCAAAAUGAUGCUAAAAGCCUUAUGUUAAUGGCUGACUGCAUGCCCGACAAGCUGUUGGACCACGUAACACCCAUUUUAUUGGGAGAGUGGCCAAAUACGUACACUUUUACUAAAGCUGUAGCUGAGGACGUCAUUCGAACUUGGAGCGAGCAUAUUCCUGUUGGUGUAUUUCGUCCUGGCAUUGUGAUCUCAACAUACCAGGAUCCAGUGUGCGGCUGGAUAGACAACUUUUAUGGUCCAACUGGAGUAAUAGCUGGAGCUGGUGCUGGGCUGCUGCGUACCUUACGAUGUAACCCAAAAGCAGUUGCAAAUAUGGUUCCAGUCGACUUAUGUGUGAACAGCAUGAUAGCUGCUUCCUGGGAUAUAUAUGAGAGGCACAAUUCUACAAAGGCAUCAGGCAAUAUACCGGUUUACAAUUUUUGUACAACGAGCGAAAAUCAGCUAACUUGGGGUGAAUUCACAGCCAAAACCACAAAAUACGGACUAAUGUAUCCAACUCUGACGGCGAUUUGGUAUCUGUGCUAUUCAAAUACUACUAACAGGGUAGCCCAUAUGAUAUCAAUUUGUUUUCUGCAUUACUUGCCUGCACUUAUCAUCGAUAUUCUAUGUUUGUGCCUUGGAAAAAAACCACGGCUGCUAAAUACUUAUAAAAAGAUUCACAAGUUCAUGAAUGUUAUUGCUUACUUUUCAAUGCGUGACUGGGACUUUCAUAUUGAUAAUGUUGAAGACCUUUGGAACCGUAUGACAAAUAUUGAUAGGCACAUAUUUUUCUUUGACAUGAAGCAGUUAGAUUGGGAUUUUUUUCUUCAACAAUAUUUUCGUGGAAUUCGAAGGUAUUUAUUAAAGGAUCCAUUGGAAACCAUUCCAAAAGCAUUGAUUAAAUGGAAUCGGUAAGUAAAAUUUCGAAUUAACAUUAAAUGCGACUGAGCACUAACCAUUUUU